AUGGCGGACGGAAACUUACAGUGGCUUUCAGCUUCGGCUGGCAGUGAUGCAGCGCUUGCAAAUGGGGUCUCUUUUGGCAUGCCCUGGCCAAAGGGCCUCUAUAAACCUGGGCAGAAUUUCGUCAUAAAGGGAGAGGCAGGAACACACCCUUUGGAUUCUCGGCCACUUGCUUUCUGGCCUGAUGGCUCCUACAAAUGGACUGCUCACUCCGUGAGUGGUGAUAUCAGCUACAGCAAGACCUACACAGUCCAAGGUGGCGCUGGCCCUGGAUUGAAGGACGGGUUCACAGUGGAUCGAAACAAUUCAAAUAUCUCGAUUUCCAAUAGGUCCGGCCUGGAGCUGAGACUUGCGCCAACCGGCAGCUCCAAAUUGUUCGAGAGUCUCACCUACAACGGGCAAUUGAUCAGUUCUGGCGCCACAAUCGUCGCGUCCAUCAGCAACCGGGAAUAUUCCCCUCUGAUCAAGAAAGUCAACAUCGAAAACCAGACGAGCAGUCGAAUUGUCAUCAAAGUUUCCGGGGUUGUCAUUUCCGAUGGCACAGAACACCUCCCUUUUGACGUCCGGGUCUACACAUACUCGGACAGUUCAUCACUGAGGAUCAUCCAUUCUUUUGUGCACGACUUAGAAGGGGAUGAACCGUUGACCUCUUUGGGUCUCAAGUUCUCUAUCCCCCUCCAAGAUACCGGGCUUUACAACAGACAUAUUCGUCUCGGAGGCUCUGAUGGCGGGAUUCUGAGGGAGGAAGUACAGGGCCUCACAGGUCUACGAUACGGACCAACUGUUCAGAAUAGGAUCGAUCAAGCCGCGGGGAGGGUGGUGUCGCUCCGUGAGGAUGAAUGGGAGGGAUCAGAUUUCAAGAGGGGCCUUGCUUGCAUCCCUUCUUUUGAUGCUUAUAGUCUUGCCCAGCUGUCAUCAGACGGGUUCACCAUCAAGAAACGAACCAAGUGUGGGCACGCUUGGGUUAAGGUACCAGGAGGCGGGCGUGCUGAUGGGAUCGCUUAUGUUGGAUCAGCGAACCAUGGCGGCCUGGCAGUUGGCAUGUCUGACUUUUGGGAGCGGUACCCGACCCAGAUUGACCUCAAUGAUCUUACCAAAGAGGAGGCGUCCAUCACAUUGUGGCUUUAUUCUCCACUGGCCGAGCCUCUUGACACCACUCCAUUCCACGACGACCUCGGCCUGGAUACCUACAAGAAGCAGUAUGAAGCUGUCUAUGUUACGUAUGAGGACUAUGAACCCGGGUUCGCCACAGCAAACGGAAUUGCUAGAUCUAAUCAGCUCUUCCUACAACCGUUCUUGGACACACCAUCCAAUACGCAUUUAGCCUCGUUCUCUGCGCUUGUGAGAGAGCCGCCUCGUUUAAUCCCAGAACUAGGGUAUAUGCACUCAACGGACGUAUUUCAUGGUUGCUGGUCGCCAGACUUCCGCAUUGCUGGAUACUUUCCGUCGGAAAAGGAGGCGGAUAUCGAGAAGAAUCUGGACUUACUGUUCAGCCACUACCGUGGACAGAUCGAGCAGCAUAGAUGGUACGGGUUUUGGGACUACGGGGACGUGCAGCACACAUAUGACCCAUACAGACAUUCAUGGAGGUACGAUGUCGGGGGCUACGCAUGGGACAAUUCCGAGCUUUCGACGGACUUGUGGCUAUGGCUUUAUUUCCUCCACACAGGCCGAUCAGAUGUUUUCAAGGUGGCCGAGUCUAUGACGAGACACACAGGAGAAGUCGAUGUUUACCAUUCAGGAAGAUUCAAGGGUUUUGGAACGCGGCAUGGUGUUCAACAUUGGAUGGACAGCUCAAAGCAGCUCCGUAUCUCGAAUGUUCUCUACAGACGAAUCUACUACUACCUCACAGGAGAUGAGCGUACCGGUGAUCUCAUGGAAGAGCUCCAGCAAUGCCAGAAAGCUCUUCUGGGGCUUGACUCGCACCGCAAGGUGUUUGAUCAUGUCGACUUGCCCGAAGGGUUCGCAUUAGCGAACAUCGGCCUCGACUGUGGCGCACUCGCAGCAUCCUGGUUAACGACAUGGGAACGACGCACGCCGGGCUGGGAGCAAGCUCGAACUUUCAUCGGGAAGCUGCUGAGUGGAUUGUCUACGCUGCCACUUGGCAUCGCCUCCAACGAAGUGCUUUUGAACCCGACAACAUGUGAAAUUCGGCAAUGCCCGCCCCCAAUGCCGCGGUACCUUAUUUCUCACUUGUCUAUCCUGUUCGGCCUGCCUGAGACAAUUACGGAAGUGCUAGAGACUGCACGGAAUGAGUUUCCGUCAGAGGUCCGAGACUUCGAGCGGGUCUGGAUUUCCUAUUGCAAGUCAUACAAUGGGGGAGCCGAUAUCCAGCGCACGGAGUUUGGGUUCGAGUUUGGUCCUGUGGGAUGGAAGCAGAGCCAUUCCACAUUGACUGCCAUUGCGGCUGUUGUGGAACAGAGUGACGAGCUGGGGACUGCAGCGUGGGAUCAGUUCUUCAAGACAGAUGGGUAUGAUGAGACUCAUGACUGGACGAUCGUCAAGGCUUCACCCCCGGUGUGCUUACAGCAUGGAGAGGAGGCACCAUGGGUCACAACUAACGAAACAGCCCGCUAUGGUAUAUCGGCACUAUUUAACCUGGCUAAUGUAAGGAAGUAUCUGCAAUAA